UGUUGUAUUAUUAUUUUUUUUAUUUCAGUCGUUUUCGAAAUAAAUAGUACCACAGGAAGUUUACAAACUGUUGGGUCUAUUGAUCGCGAAUGGGAAGGAAUUUCUGGCAUGUACGUUUCACAGUUUACGGUCCGUGUUAGGCUUAUAGGUAUCAAUGAAACCUCUGAACCGACGCUUGGAGAUAAUGCUACAUCCUUCUAUUCCUACGAAAAUCCUGUUUAUAGAGAAUUUUACCAAGAAGAAGCAAGAGCGUGGGUCAAUGUAGAAGAAAAACUUUAUAACGUUCCUAAAGACACGGUUGUAUCCGUAAUCGUUGAUGAUAUAAACGAUAAUCGUCCAGUAUUUACAGCGGGAUCCUUGGUGGUAGUUGGAUAUCCUGAAAAUGAUAUUGUUGCAGAUGUUGCACCUGCAUCACUUGUAACAGUUGAAGCUACUGAUGCAGAUAUAGGUUUAAAUUCAUUGGUAAGAUAUUCCACUGAUAGUGAUUCCAUUGUGGUUCAUGAAUCUACCGGGGUUGUUUAUAUUGGUGCAAAUAUUUUUGACGAUGGUGACCAAGAAGAAUAUACGGUUACAGCAACUGACAGAAAUGGUAGCAGCGAUGGACUUUCUUCAACUUUAAGGAUUCAGGUGAAAAAGUUGGAAGAUGAACACCUUACUAUUGUAAUAGUUCCUGGUGCAACGCUAGAGGAUGCUGAUACUGUAUUAGAAACAAUUUCAGCAGCGUCCGGUUAUUCCGUUAAAGGAUUAACAGCGAGCGUGAUACCUAGCAGCGUUCAAUCGAGGAGAUUAAGGGCGGCUUCCGAUUACGCCUUAAAAUUAAUUACAUAUGCGUUUGAUUCUAACAACAAUUUGAUUGAAACAGAGAACCUACAAGAAGCAAUUGCAUCCGCCAACACGUCUGACGCUUACGGUGCAAUUUCUUGGACGGCAUUUUCUAGAAGUGCAACGGCCACUUCGGCAACAACAACCGGUUAUCUUGUUUCAGUCAUUGUGUUAAGCAUUCUUUUGGGCCUUUUUGUUGUGGCUGCGGCUGCAUACUACUUCAGAUAUUACAGAAGACGAACAACAGAUAUUUAUGAGAAAAUGAUGGAAGAAGAUGGAUCUCCCACCUUUAGGAAGAACGAGAGAACUUCGCAUUCGAGUACUAAAAAGUCUGAUUUAUCCACUCGAAGGCCAACAAAUUUUAUUUUCAAUCCUCCUCCUCCUGAAUCUGGUGGCAAUAUUCGUGAUAAUAGUUAUGAAAUUUCUUCAAAACCUAAUUUAGCCAAUGGAGGAUCUAGAGAAUUUUCAUUUAACCCUUCUACUAGAGAUGAAGACGGCAAUGGUCUAGAGGGUGAAAUAUACCCAGUUUCGAUAAAAUCUGACUUAGCCACAAGGCGACCAACAGAAUUCGAGUUUCAUCCCCCACCCGUAGAAAACGAUGGCGAUGAUUUUGAAAACAACGACGACUAUUCAUUUUACACUGUUAGCAAUGGUUCGGUACCAAACGGAAAAUCUCCAGAAUUUCAUUUCACCAACACCAUUUUAAAACUUGACAACAAAGACUCCAACGAAAGUUCAACGGACGACAUACUAUCAGAGGAUGAGGCAAAUCCGGGUAAACGAGAGAGACGAAAAUCCGUUACAUUUAAUGUGAAUGUAGAAAAAAUUGAAAUAGAAAAAGACGACGAUGACGAUGAGGAUGAUAAUGAAGAAGGCGAAAAUCAUUACGAUGAAAUCGAAAUGACGAAUCGGGACAAUGACAGUGACGAUAUUCAGAUUGAGAGAUUAUAAUUGUAUAUGUAUAUGCUCAUGUGAUGCAUAUUUAAUUGUAUAAUAGUGUUUGUAUUGUAUAAAAGGUUUUUUUUUA